AUAUAUGUGUAUAUGUUUCAGGAGGAAGAUGAGCCUGAAGUCCGAACGCAGAGGGAUUCAUGUGGAUCAGUCCGAGCUCCUGUGCAAGAAAGGAUGCGGUUACUACGGCAACCCUGCCUGGCAAGGCUUCUGCUCCAAAUGCUGGAGGGAGGAGUAUCAGAAGGCCAGACAGAAGCAGAUCCAGGAGGAUUGGGAGCUGGCUGAACGACUCCAGCGCGAGGAGGAAGAGGCCUACGCCAGCAGCCAUAGCAGCCAAGGGGCUCAGUCCCUCACGUUCUCCAAGUUCGAGGAAAAGAAAACCAACGAGAAGACCCGCAAGGUGACCACAGUGAAGAAGUUCUUCAGUGCUUCAUCCAGAGGAGGGCCUAAGAAAGAGAUCCACGAAACCAAGGCCCCCAGUCCUUCCCUGAGCCGGCAGACCAGCGUUGAGACAGACAGAGUAUCCAAAGAGUUCAUAGAGUUCCUCAAGCCCUUUCAAAAGACGGGCCAGGAUAUCUACAAGCAGACGAAACUCUUCUUGGAAGCGAUGCAUUACAAGAGGGAACUAAGUAUUGAGGAGCAGUCCGAGUGCGCGCAGGACUUUUACCAGAACGUGGCGGAGAGGCUGCAGACCCGCGGCAAAGUGCCCCCGGAGAGGGUGGAGAAGGCGAUGGAUCACAUCGAGAAGUACAUCAUGACCCGCCUAUACAAACACGUCUUCUGCCCGGAAACCACUGAGGACGAGAAGAAGGACCUCGCGGUUCAGAAGAGGAUCAGAGCUCUGCACUGGGUGACUCCACAGAUGCUCUGUGUCCCGGUUAAUGAAGACAUUCCCGAAGUCUACGACAUGGUGGUGAGAGCCAUUACAGAUAUCAUCGAGAUGGACUCGAAGCGGGUGCCCCGUGACAAGCUGGCCUGCGUCACCAAGUGCAGCCAGCACAUCUUCACCGCCAUCAAGGUCACCAAGGACGAACCGGCCUCGGCCGACGACUUCCUGCCCACCCUCAUCUACAUUGUCCUCAAGGGCAACCCGCCCCGCCUCCAGUCCAAUAUCCAGUACAUCACCCGCUUCUGCCACCCGAGCCGCCUGAUGACCGGCGAGGACGGCUACUACUUCACCAACCUGUGCUGCGCCGUGGCUUUCAUCGAGAAGCUGGACGCGCAGUCUCUGAACCUGAGCCAGGAGGACUUCGACCGCUACAUGUCGGGCGAGACGUCGUCGCCCAAGAAGUCGGAGGCGGAGAGCUGGUCCCAGGGGGCCCGCCUGGGCGUCCAGCAGAUGUAUAAGAACUUGGACCUGCUCAGCCAGCUCAACGAGCGGCAGGAGCGGAUCCUCAGCGGAGCCAAGAAACUCGAAAAGGACCUGAUCGACUGGACCGACGGCAUAGCCAAGGAAGUCCAGGACAUCGUGGAGAAAUACCCGCUGGCCAUCAAGCCCCCGGACCCCCCGCUGGCGGCCAUCGACUCCGAAAACGUGGAGAACGACAAGCUGCCUCCCCCCCUGCAGCCGCAGGUCUUCGCGGGGUGAAGGGGUCGCCGCCAGAGAGGGGUUCGCCGACGCGGAAUUCCGGCUAGCCCCAAUUACUGUCUCCUAGGCGGGAACCGGCAUUUAAUUUAAUGCUAAAAGCAAAUCGAAAUCGGCACAUUUUAAAGGUACAUUUCUCUUUUCGGUGGGGUGGGGCGGUGCGGAAGAAGGAGGGUUUACGUGUAAUAAAUUCUAUUUAUUUUAGUUAGGUAAGAAUGGCCCCGAGAGGCUUUCGCGUAUCUUUUUCUAUUUUUUUGUCAUUCUUUUUCAACCGAAUCUCUCUUGCCUACACAAAGCCGGUGUCACGCUCUAAGAAACACUAGCGUCGGCAGCAGAGUUUCCGUCCCGUUUCCUCCACAGCCGGCGGGACGGUUUCGACUUGGGUACGAUCCCCUUCCGUAGGCAGGGGGAGAACGGGAAGGCGGGCCUCGACGGCAUCGGGCUUCCUCAGCGUGAGGUGGUUCUCCGAGCUGUAAAGAAGGACGCUCUACCGAGACGUAAAUAUGUAGAAUUGUAAAUAUGUAAAGAGAAAGGUCGGACAGGUCCGCCGGGCACGGCAUUUUGUACGGGGGUCCUGCCUGCAGAAAGGGGAGAGAAGAGGCCUGCCUGCCUAGGGAAGUCCCUUACUAUUCUGUUCACUUCUUGAAAAGGAACCCAGCGAUACUUAGGGGGAGCUGACUGUCGAAACACUCAAGAUCACAUAGGCGGGCGGUGGAAGAACGGCAGGGUCGAAAUAGGUUAAAGCAUCAAGUCACCGUUCGACAUAACCGAUCGGAAGCUCGUCAGCACAGGGCUUCCCGAAUGGCUAUACUCUGGGGCGGCGGUGGGCAGAGGAGAAGGGCCUGGGCCGAGGACGAUCGAUAAGUUAAGGCGGCUCCCCUCGGGGCGGACCAUCGGUCAAAGAGGGCCAAAGUUUGGAGCGGUGACAGGGCGAGGCAGCCACGAGGCCUUGGAGCGGUGACAGGGCGAGGCAGCCACGAGGCCUCGGACCGGUCUUGUCGACAAUCCACUGACCCGCUUUGUGAGCAGGAAACCGGAGAGAUGGCAUCGGGCAGCCACCCGGGAUCGAGUCCGGAGCCCUGCCAAAGAAACCCCCCAAAAUCCCCGCUCUAGAUUCCACUUCAAGGGGGACUUCUCUCGGGCCACCACAUAGCCAUUGAACCUGUCAUAGUGACCAUAAGGUACAGUCCUUGAGCAACACUGCCCUGGAGAGGAGACCCUUAUCCCUACCCCACCCCAUUCCGCUUUCCCCUCUUCUCCCCCAUCCCACUCCUCCUUCCUCCUCCUCCCAUCCCACUCCCUUUUCCCCUCUCCACCCUCCACCACCGCCCAGCCCAAAUUCACCCUGCAAUAACAUCAGACCAAAACUGUGAUGAGUCCUGAAGGCGUUUUUUUAAUAACCUUUCAAACUAUGCACAUCCGCGGUCUCAAAAGCACCGAGGCUCCCUCGAGCCUCAAAGACGUGAAAGAGUUAACUCAAUUGACCGAGGUAGCAAGUUCUUUUGAGACCAGUCAGUCACCCUCUGCUCCAGAUUAGAUUUUCCUCCUCCACGGACCUGACCCCAGCCGUGAUCUCUCUCCCUCGGUUCCCUCUCUGCCCUCUAGGUCCGAAAUCCAGAUUAUCCAGAUACUCGGGCACCCUUUUCCUAGAAAUGUAUAAAAUUUUAGCCGCUGUACACUGCUUUUGUCGAGAAUAAACUGUGUCCGUCGUUCUCCC